UCCUCCAUCCACGUAGUACACACACUUGCACUCUCUCUUCCAGCAGCACAAAACAAGGCCCAUCUUUCGCUUUCUCUCGAUCUUUCUUCUCCCUCCUCCUAUACAUACACACAUAAGCACGCUUCCCCUAAAUCUCCGUAUGGUUACCUGAAACAUUUUUUCUGGUUAUCCUUUUUUCUUAUCUCUUCCUCAUUAAUUGUUAUCUGUAUGAUGAAGAUUUCUUCAGUGGGAACUCCAUUUGUUACGAACUUUGUUUCUUAUUUUCUUCUUCAAGCUCAAACCGAAGAUCGUUGAUUAAGUGACUGACCCAUUUAUAGAUCUUGUAAAAAAUCUUCUUUUCGGAUCAUCGCUGAUUUAAGUAUGUGCAGUGGCCCAGAUCAAUCAAAUACAAGUUCAACUACCCAAUCCGCCAUGGCUACCAAAUCAAAUAACAUGGACACAAGUAAUUUAUCUGUGGAGACUGAAGAUUCCUUUCAUAGUCUACUUGAAUUUGCUGCCAACAAUGAUGUCGAGGCAUUCAAGAGAUCCAUUGAGCUUAAUUUGUCUGCAGUUGAUGAGGUUGGUAUUUGGUACAUUCGCAAGAAGGGUUCAAAGCAGAUAACACCUGAGGAUAGAACUCCCUUGAUGGUUGCUGCUACCUAUGGUAGUAUUGAUGUUUUGAAAUUGAUGGUUGCUCUACCGGAGGUUGAUUUGAAUAGAAUAUGUGGUAGAGACAAGUGUACUGCCCUCCACUGUGCUGCCUCUGGUGGCUCUGUUCUUUCCUUUGAUGCCAUCAAGCUGUUACUCUCGGCUGGUGCAGAUCCAAAUAUUGAAGAUGCAAACGGUCAUCGCCCAGUUGAUGUGAUUGUUGUUCCUCCUAAACUUCUGGGUGUUAAAGCUGCUCUUGAAGAACUGCUCAUGAAUAAUAUUUCUGAUGGAUCACUCGGCGAGUACAAUUUAAGGGUAUCGAUAUGCAACUCCACUGCUUCUUCCCCAGUUCUAUCUUCUUCCCCAGAAAGUAUGUCUCCAGGUUCACCAUCAGAUUCAGCAUCAUCUCCUAUGGCAUCCAAGCUGAAUGAUGUCCCUGCUAAAUCUACAACUGAGAAAAAGCAGUACCCAGUGGAUCCAUCUCUUCCGGACAUCAAGAAUAGCAUUUUCUCAACUGAUGAGUUUCGGAUGUUUUCAUUCAAGGUCAGGCCUUGUUCAAGGGCCUACUCUCAUGAUUGGACCGAGUGUCCAUUUGUUCACCCUGGAGAGAAUGCUCGCAGAAGAGACCCAAGAAAGUACCAUUACAGUUGUGUCCCUUGUCCUGAUUUCCGUAAGGGUGCCUGUAGGCGAGGGGAUAUGUGCGAGUAUGCUCAUGGUGUGUUUGAGUGCUGGCUACACCCGGCUCAGUAUCGGACAAGACUCUGCAAGGAUGGCACAAGCUGUGCUAGGCAAGUGUGUUUCUUUGCACACACCCCGGAGGAGCUUCGACCCCUCUAUGUUUCUACUGGAUCUGGUGUUCCUUCACCAAGGUCAGCUGCCACUGCAGCUAGUGUAAUGGACAUGGCUGCAGCCUUGAGCCUUUUGCCCGGGUCACCUUCUUCACACACUGUCGUGUCUCCUGCAUACAAACAACCCAUGUCCCCCACUGCAAAUGGAAUGUCUCAUUCAUCUGCAGCUUGGCCUCAGCAAAAUGUCCCAACCCUUCAUCUCCCUGCUAGCAACAUCCAAUCCAGCCGUCUCAGAUCUUCUCUUAGUGCCCGGGACAUCCUACCUGAGGAUUUGAACGUAUUGCAGGAUUUUAAUGCUCAGCAACAUGUUUUGAAUGACUUGGCUUGUUUUUCACAGCCACGUCCUAACUCUGGUGCUUUGAAUCGUUCUGCUCGGUCCAAUACCCUAACUCCUUCCAAUCUUGAAGAGCUAUUUUCUGCGGAGAUCUCAUCAUCACCAAGAUACUCUGAUCAGGCAGUGGCUUCUGGUGCAUUUUCUCCUAAGCACAAAUCUGCUGUUCUCAAUCAGUUUCAGCAGCAACAGAACAUGCUUUCACCAAUCAAUACUAACAUAUUUUCCCCUAGAAAUGUUGAACACUCUUUGUUGCAGGCUUCCUUCGGUGUGUCAUCUCCAAGGAUGUCGUCACCAAGAAGUGUGGAACCCUCAUCACCAAUGAGUGCCAAUUUUUCUACCUUUGCUCAACGAGAGAAGCAGCAACAGCUGCGUGUCCUCAGUUCUCGGGAUCUUGGAUCCAACCGUGCCUCCGUUGUUGGGUCUCCUGUGAAUUCCUGGACCACAAAUUGGGGGGGAGCCCCCAAUGGCAAAGUUGAUUGGUCUGUUAAUGGAGGUGAUCUUGCUCAUAUGAAAAGAUCAACUUCCGUUGAACCCAAUAACGAGGGAGAGGAGCCCGACCUGUCGUGGGUACAAUCUCUUGUUAAAGAAUCACCACCUGAGAUGAUGGAGAAGUUUGCAGCACCCAUUUCUGGUGCUGCCCCAUCCGGCGAGGGUUCAAAAUCGAGUUCUCAAAUUGAUUCUAUUGAUCAGUCAGUUUUAGGAGCUUGGCUCGAGCAGAUGCAACUUGAUCAGCUCAGAGUCUAGUAAUUGAAGCAUGAAUUCAUUUCAAUUAGACAAAACAAGACCUCUAGGAAAGAAUAUAUUCUUUUGGACGCUUAUUUUUGCUGGCGGGAUUAUUCGAGGCAAUGCUGGAGUUUCGAAGUUCAUGGUUUCAAUUUGAAGCUAAAAUAUUUUUUUUUGAUAAUCAUAUUCAACUUCAAUCAUUUGUUGAUUAAUAUGGCUGGAGUAUUCAUUUGUUACUAUGCACUGUACUAAAAAAGAUACCCGACUCUAGUGGGUAAUGUUAUAAUUGUACUUCAUUCUCUUCUGAAUGUUCCAUUCUACUGAAUCAUUA